UUGUAGUUCUUGUAGUCGCUAGCUUGGUAGCAGCUAGAGCUCUCCUCUGGUCUCCUCUGGAUCCUCUUCUGGUGUUUUGAUCCAGUCGAGCCCACUUUCAAAAUGACAGCGAGGAAAUCUGGCUCACGACUGGAGACCGAGAUCGAGCGGUGCCGUUCAGAGAGCCAAUGGGACAAGAUACCGGAGCUGGUUCGACAGCUGUCAGCCAAACUAAUCUCAAACGAUGACCUAGGGGAGCUGCUGCUGGGAGAAUGCAAGCUUCAGACAUACCUGAAGGAGAACCCCAUCAAACAGGGAGCCAGUCCAAGGGGCCCACGACCCAAACUGGUGGAGGUCAGAAAACACCUGACUGCUGCUCUGGACAGAGGAAACCUCAAGGCUGAUUACCUGCAGGAAGCCAGCCUGUUGAUGGCCAAGCUGUGCUAUGUGGAGGGAGAAUACAGAGACGCUUUAGGCCACUAUAGCAGGGUGAACCUGGAUGACAUGCAGCUGUCAGGAGCUCCUGUGUACAGGCUGUCAAUGAUCGCAGAGGCGUACGCUACCAAAGGACUGUGUCUAGAGAAGGUCCCAGCUGCCUCUCCGUCCCUGUCCAAUAAGAACACGGGGUCUCCGGCGUCCAAUAGGAGCAUGACAGAUCGGGAGCAGGACAUCAUCACCUGCUACGAGAAGUCUGGAGACAUCGCUCUGCUGUACCUGCAGGAGGCCGAGAAGGCAUUGUCAGCAGGCAUGCAGAACCGCAGCCCCAAACCUGGCCCGACAGCCCAGGACCUUGAAUUGGGCUACUUCCUGGAGACAGGCUUGCAGAGAGCCCACGUCAUCCACUUCAAGAACGGAAACCUGACGCGAGGCGUGGGGCGGUUUCGUGAGAUUCUUCGAGCAGUUGAGAACAGAACCACUCAGAGCCUGCGCAUGACCAUAGCCAGACAGCUUGCAGAGAUCCUGCUCAGAGGAAUGUGUGAACAGAGUUACUGGUCUCCCCUGGAAGACCCUCCAACAGUGUCACCGCUGGAUGAUCCAACACGGCAAGGACACACUCAAUGCAAAAACUACAGCCUGAGCCGACGCCCACGAGUGUACUCGGGAGAGAACCUGUUUUGCCCUCAAGAGAACACAGAAGAGGCUUUGCUGCUGCUGCUCAUCAGUGAAUCCAUGGCGAACCGUGACGCUGUCCUGAGCAGAAUUCCCGAACACAACAACGAUCGUAUCAUCAGCCUACAGUCUGCCUCUGUGGUGUACGACCUGCUGACUAUAGCUCUGGGCAGGAGAGGGCAGUACGAGAUGCUAUCAGAGUGUUUGGAGAGAGCCAUGAAGUUUGCCUUUGAAGAGUUUCAUCUGUGGUACCAGCUUGCCCUGUCUCUAAUGGCAGCUGGGAAAUCAGCUCGAGCCGUUAAAGUCCUGAAGGAGUGUAUUCGACUGAGGCCUGAUGACCCCACGAUCCCACUGCUCGCUGUCAAGCUGUGUAUCGGACCUCUGCACUGGCUGGAUGAGGGAGAAUGCUUUGGAAAGAUGGUGAUUGACAUGGGGGAGAAAGCAGCUGAAUUCAGAGCCAAAGGCUACCUGGCCAUCGGACUGGUUUACAGCCUCAAAGCCACUGAUGCAUCGUUACGAAGCACACAGGAGGAGUACCAGAGGAAAGCUUUGGGAGCCUUCCAGAGAGCUCAGAGUCUGUCUCCCACCGACCAUCUCGCAGCCUUCUACCUUGCCCUGCAGCUUGCCGUGUCUAGACAGAUCCCCGAGGCUCUAGGCUAUGUUCGACAGGCGUUGCAGCUUCAAGGGGAUGACGUCCACUCCCUCCACCUGCUGGCCCUGCUGCUCUCUGCUCAGAAACACUACCAUGACGCUCUCAACAUCAUAGAGAUGGCUCUCUCUGAAUAUCCGGAAAACUUCAAUCUGCUGUAUACCAAGGUGAAGUUAGAGUCGAUGUGCAGAGGACCAGAGGAGGCUCUGCUUACCUGUAAACACAUGCUGCAGAUCUGGAAGAGCUUUUACAACCUUACCAACCCCAGUGAUUCGGGGCGUGGCAGCAGUUUGCUGGACAGAGCUAUGGCAGACAGACGACAGCUCAAUGCCAUGACUCUACCUGACUUCAGCGACCCUGACACAGGUUCAGUUCAUGCUACAUCUAUAGCGGCGAGUCGUGUGGAGCAGGCACUGUCUGAGGUCGCCUCCUCCCUGCAGAGCAGCGCCCCCAAACAUGGACCCCUGCACCCCUGGAUGACCCUGGCUCAGAUCUGGCUGCAUGCAGCUGAGGUGUACACCGGCAUGUCGAAGCCUGCAGAGGCCACAGCCUGCACACAAGAAGCUGCCAACCUCUUCCCCACAUCCCAUAAUGUGCUGUACAUGAGGGGGCAGAUAGCUGAGCUGAGAGGCAACAUGGAUGAGGCCAAACGCUGGUAUGAAGAGGCCCUGUCCAUCAACCCAACGCACGUCAAGACCAUGCAGAGACUGGGUCUGAUUCUUCACCAGCUGCAGCGCUACAGUCUGUCUGAGAAAGUCCUGAGGGAUGCUGUUCAGGUCAACAGUACGGCUCAUGACGUGUGGAACAGCCUGGGGGAGGUCCUGCAGGCUCAGGGAAACGCUGCCGCUGCCACCGAGUGUUUCCUCACCGCGUUGGAGCUGGAGGCCAGCAGCCCCAUCCUGCCCUUCACCAUCAUUCCCAGAGCGCUAUGAAACACUUACACACACAUACACACAUACACACACACACACACACACACACUCACGUACAUAGUCACACACACUUUAACAGCUAUUGCCUCAGUACUGUAGCACAGUGGCACAAAUUAUGAACCUACACAAAACAUACACAUACAGCAUGCCUGCAUGCCAAUAACAGAAGGUUUUACUGCCAUGACUUCAGACACACACUCACACAAUGUAUAUAAUGUUCAACAAAACCACACACACACAUAUGCCCCCCCCGUCCACACACCCUUCCCACAAUGCCUUGCUGUGACUAUGUAUGUGUGAGAGUAUGUGUUAAGUGUGCUGAUAGGUUGCUUGUGUCUGUGAGUGGACACCCAUGUCUGUGUAUGUGUGUAGUUGUGUGUGGUUGUGUGUGGUUGUGUGUGAUUCGUAGUGGUUGUUGUUCUGUCCUCUUCAAAGAUGUAAAUAACAUUCAAUCUUGAGUUCCCACUCGACCAUCACUUGAGUCAGAGAUCCGAAGAGUUUACAUUUUGUUUACAUGUUGUAUAGUCCAAACAUUCACACACACACACACACACACACACACACACACACACACACACACACACACACACACACACACACACACACACACACACACACACACACACACACACACACACACACACACACACUGUGUCAAGUUUAUGUCACACACAAACAUCAAGCCAAGUGGACAAAAGGUUUCCUCUGAUGAGCUAAAUGUUACUGAUGAUCCAAAUCACUGAAACACACACAUAUGGUAUGUUCAAUGUGCUGACCUGAUCAAUGAUCGCAGAAGAAUCAAUCAGUGAACAAAGUCUAAAUGCCAAAACACCAGCUGCAUUUACUCACACAGAAGAUCAGAUCUGAAGUUACAGACGUCCACAUAAAAGACAUUUCUGCAAAGAUCAUAUUUCCAUGGCACCUAGAGUUUUUCAAACAUGUGCACUCAGCUGAACGGAGGACAGGAAAUGUAGAGAGGAGAGACUGUAGGACACGAGAGUCAAACCAGCAACCUCUGCAACGGGGACUAUAGCCUCAGAUCAUGGGGCACACGCUUAGAUCACUAGACCAAUCAGUGCUCCUGAAACUCGCAGUUUUAGAAGUAGAACGUGAACAACUCUCCUGUCUGUAGUUCUGAAGUAAAGCUCAUGUUGUUAGGUUUCUCAAUAAUGCAUCUGCUUUGUAAGUGAAAGAAAGUUUCUUAACUAAGAAUGAGCCUUUUAAAUCUACAAAGAAGCAGGUCCCCAUCCAUGGAGGCCACCAUCUUGCACCAUCAUGUUUCUACUAGAGCACAGAACAAACUAACGCACGCAUGUUAGUAUUCAGUGAGUGGCUGCAUGGUAGGAAGAUGAAGAAGAAAGUGAAUUAUGUGUGCAAAAUAAUUUAUAAUGAUAGACUUCUUUACCAAUAAAACUUGACAAAUAGAGGAUCAUAGUUAUCAUGUGUCACUGGAGCUUCUUGUCCUCAAAAGCCGCCGUCUCUUCACCAUCAGGAGGUGAGCAAGGGAGCGUUUCAAUCUAGAUACUGACUGCUUAAUACCGCUAAAACAUUCCCAUUUCAUCAUGAAUUGUGUCAAGGUGCAUUUAGGAGUAAGUGUCCAAAAUAAGGUGAAUUAACACAUUUUUAUGGUGCCAAUAUGUCAGUGUAUCCAAAGAGUGACAGAAGGAAAAAUAAAAGAAGGCUUUGUAUGAAAUUCUGAGUUUUUAGGGAGUCCCCUCUUGUGGCUUACGUUAGAAUAAAAACAUGAUAUGUUUAAUAAAAUCUGUGACAAGUCAGGUCUCCAUAAGAAUGCAGGCUAAUCAUUUCUAUCUGUCUCCAAUCUCUAUGUUAUGCAAUAAUUAUAAUUGUAAUAAUAAUUCAAAUGAGCGUAUUCCUUUUCAAUCUCCUCUAAAUGAAUGCUUCUAUGUUGUGUGUGAUGUUGUGAAUGCUGGAGUUGAAGCAUGAGCAGCUGCAAAAACAAAAUAUGAUGACUAAAUUAGGAGUGCCACCUAUUUGCAUCCUAAAAAACACAAGCAUCAGUGUGCACAUCUGUUACACACAUUUCACUGAAGUCUGACUCCCUGUCGUGUGUAAAUGCAGCCGGUGAUUCUGUUGUCUUAGCCACAUUCAUGUUCAAUAAAAAGUAGAUAAAUAUAGAUUUAUUUCUGUUUGAUUUUCUCUAUAAAUACAAAGAUUAUUGUUCUAUAUUUGAUUGUUCCAGGUGUAUUAUUGUUGUUAUUUUAGAAAGUAAAUUAUAACUCUAUUUUCUGGAGAACGAUGUUACUGAGACGCUGUCUGAGGAUUAAAGGACAGACUGAUUCAGACCUCAGUGAGUCCUUUGUGCUGUAAAGGAAUGACUGAAGUUAAGAUGAUCAUCAUGACAAAGAGAAUAAAAGAGGUUAAAAUAA